CGCGUGAACUAUCUGUGCGGAUGUCUUGGUUCUAGGGAUCAGCGAGCUACAUCGUUGACAUCGUCAGCCUUUACUAGUUGAGAUAUUGUCAUCCGUGAAUAGAGAUAAAAAUGUCAAACGUGAGCUUACGUUUGGUCUCCAUUUUGAAAUGCAUUCUAAUACUCAAUCAACUUGUUUGGGGCCGUGAAGAGUCAUCUCCCACGGGCAGAGUAGAAGUACAUGUGUCCGAAGGGACAUUAUUCGGCAUCGUCGAGGAAAGCAUCUAUGGCAAUUCUUACAAUGCCUUUCGUGGAAUACCAUAUGCUAAACCUCCAGUGGAUGAUCUCAGAUUUCAAGAUCCGCAACCACCAGAACCAUGGUCCGGCGACAGAGACGCUUCAUUUUACAGCAACGUCUGUGUUCAGGCAGAUGUUUUAACACAAAACAUCGUAGGCGAUGAAGACUGUCUCUAUUUGAACGUGUAUACCAACGAUAUGAAGCCUUCAAAGAAACGCGCUGUGAUGGUGUGGAUACAUGGUGGAGGCUUUUUCUUUGGAGAUGGCACCUCGUCUUUUUACGGUCCCGAUCAUAUCGUGCAGAAGGAUGUGGUACUUGUUACCCUGAAUUACAGAUUAGGUGUUCUAGGUUUUCUCAAUCUUUCUAAAAAAAUGGCGGCGGGAAAUCAGGGCUUAAAAGAUGUAGUUAUGGUAUUAAAAUGGGUUAAAAAAAAUAUAUCGAAAUUCGGUGGAGAUCCCGAUAACGUCACAAUUUUUGGUGAAAGUGCGGCUGGAGCGAUAGUUCACUUACUUACUAUUUCACCGUUAACUAAAGGAACAAGUCAAAAAGACAGUUUAUUUCAUAAAGCAAUAAGUCAAAGUGGCGUCAUGACUAAUACUUGGGCUUUUAUUGAACGAAACAAUGCCAUCAAUAAUGGUCUGAUGUUAGCCCAGAAACUUGGUAAAACGACUUCAGAUCCGGAAGUCGCCUUGCAAUUUCUGAAAAUGAUAGACGCAAGAAAAUUGCGAGAAACAGAAAUGAUGGUCUUUAUGACAGUAGACAAUGGUUUAAAUCUUUUACUUUCAUUUACGCCGACCGUGGAUUCCGAGUCAUCGAAUCCUAUUUUACCAAAAGAACCAUUGCAAUUAUUAAGUGAUGGAAUUAAAGUACCAAUCAUGUUCGGAUAUAAUAGCAACGAAGGCAAUUAUUUCAUAAGAGCCACUUCUGUCGGCCAUGUAAACACCAAGACUUUAAAGGAAAUUAAUUCUGAUUUCAAGAAAGCCAUACAUCCUAAAGUUUUGCGUCAAUUACCACAACUAGGGAUCACAAUACCGAAAUUACGAUCAUUGUAUUUUGGUAAAAAAAGUGUGUCAGAGAUAACUAUAAUGGAUCUUUCCGAUUUUAUGAGCGAUCAGCAUUUCUAUAGAGGCAUUAUACAAGCAAUUGAUACUCAAAUGAAUUCUAAUGUUAACGAGUCGACCUACUUGUACAAAUUUUCAUACGCAAGUAAUACUUCUCCUAUGAAGAAAAUAUGGUUCAAAAAGCCGCUUCCAGGUGUAUCUCACUUCGAGGAACUGGGUUAUCUAUUUUAUCCUUAUGUAGGAAUAGAUUAUGGUGUGUUACCAUUUGCAUCUAGUUCGCCGGAUUAUAAAAUAAUGAAACACUUAACGCAGAUGUGGACAAAUUUUGCUAAAACGGGAAAUCCAACACCUAAUUCAACUGAUUUUACAUGGACUCCAGUGAAACAUGGAAAUAAGUAUGAUUAUUUAAAUAUUAAUAUUAAACCUCAAAUGGAGGCUCUUAUUAAAGGAGAACAACGAUGGGAUUGGGAGAACAGGCUUAAAGUAUUCCAAGUUCGAUUGCGUGAGCGUAAAUAUGGUUGCAUAAUCUCGACGGAGACACGUCGACAGUCACGCUGCGUGGAUCUCGGCCAGGUUAUCAGCGCCGAUUCUGACGUUAUUCGUUCAGUGUCCGACAUGAACGGCGACCGAGUGGUCGUGAACGUGCGCGAGGGCCAAUUAAUCGGUAUCGUCGAGGAAAAUGUUCAAGGCGGCCAUUACGUCGCCUUCCGAGGAAUACCGUACGCGAAACCGCCGGUCGGCAAACUAAGGUUCAAGGAUCCGGUACCACCGGAACCAUGGUCCGGCAGCAGAGAUGCUUCGAAAUACGGAAACGUCGCUUCUCAGGUGGAUGUUAUCACGCGCGAAUUGAUCGGCGCCGAGGAUUGCCUCUACUUAAACGUGUACACCGUAGACGUCGAAUCAUGGAGAAAACGUCCGGUCAUGGUGUGGAUACACGGCGGCGCUUUUAGCAUAGGUUCCGGCGAUGCAUCCGUUUAUGGUCCAGACUAUAUUGUCCGGAAGGAUGUGGUAUUGGUCACGUUAAAUUAUAGACUAGGUGUUCUCGGUUUCCUAAAUCUUAACGAUGAAGUGGCAACGGGCAAUCAAGGUAUGAAGGAUGUUGUUAUGGCAUUACAAUGGGUUCAACAAAAUAUAUCAAAGUUCACUGGAGAUUCAGGAAAUGUCACCAUCUUUGGCGAAAGCGCUGGUGGAGUCAUCGUACAUUAUUUGACUCUGUCUCCGUUAAGCAAAGGUUUGUUUCACAAAGCGAUAUCGCAAAGUGGCGUCGGCGCAAAUCCCUGGGCUUUUACCGAAUGGACAAAUAAAGCGACGAAUAAAGGUUUCCAGCUUGCCGAGCAUCUCGGAAAAGCGACUUCGGACCCGAAGAUCGCUUGUGAAUUUCUGAAAACGAUCGACGCGGGAAAGCUCAGAAAAGCUGAACAGAAGAUUUUGACAGCAGCGGAACGCCUGAAAAAUGUACUGGUAUUUACGCCAAGUUUAGAUCGCGAAUCGUCGAAUCCAUUCUUCCCGGAACAUCCAAGCACGUUGAUACGUCGCCGGGUUAAAGUACCAUUCAUUUUGGGUUAUAACAGUUGCGAAGGAUCUUACUUAGCGUGCAGCAGCAUAUUUGACAGACAAAUAACCAAGAAGUCUUUGAAAGAAAUCGAUUCCGAUUUCAAGAAAGCCAUCACACCUAGAGUUUUGUCUAUCUUACCGCAAAUUCCGAUUACAAUCAAAGAGCUACGAUUUAUAUACUUUGGUAAUGAAGCAGUGUCAGAGAAGACUCUGAUGAAUUACGCUGAUUUUCUAGGCGAUGAAUUAUUUUAUCGCGGAAUUAUGGAGAUAGCCGAUACUCAAAUGAGCUCUGAUGCUAACGAGCCGACCUACUUGUACAAAUUUUCAUACGAGAGUGAAACUUCUCCCUUGAAGAAAUUCUUGAAUGUCACUCUUCCAGGUGUGACACACUCUGAGGAACUGUAUUACUUAUUUUAUCCUCAUAUGUUAAAAGAAAUGGGCUUUCCACCACUUGCACCUGAUUCAAAGGAUUACAAGAUAAUGAAUCGCUUAACGCAGAUGUGGACGGAUUUUGCUAAAACAGGGAAUCCAACACUCGCGACUACAGUUUUAACUCCAAUUAAAUGGACACCGUUGAAACGCGCCGGAAAUGUACACGAUUAUCUAAAUAUUGAUAUCGAACCUCGAAUGGAAACUCUUCGUAAAGGAGAGCAGCGCUGGGACUGGAAAAAUGUCAAACAUAAACUAUGA